AUGGCAACAAUCACUCAAACACAACCUAGCACAGCAAUUGAGCUCCCAAAUCUAGAUCCACAAGGCGAACGGCAACGAAACGUUCCCAACGCUGUGGACGCCACUCAAGAUGAGAUUAUGCAGCAGUCUCUCAUUGCUGACUCCCAAGUCCCCGAUGGCGGAUACGGAUGGGUCGUUAUUUUCGCCUGCGCAGUCGUGACUUGGUGGUUUGUCGGAUCAUCCUAUACUUGGGGUGUUAUGCAAGCUGCUCUCGUUGAUAAAAUGGGCUACUCGUCUUCUACACUUGCGUUUGUGGGUUCUUUAUGUCCAGCUUGUAUUUCUUUACUUGCUGUGCCGAAUGCGACUAUUAUUCGGAAGAUUGGGCCGCGGCCUACGGCGCUGCUGGGUAUUUUUUUACUUGGGUUGGGGAACAUUCUUUCUGGGUUUGCGACACAUAGUGUUGCGGGUUUGUUUAUGACUUUUGGGUUUGUUGGGGGUCUUGGUACGAGUUUGUGUUUUAUGUGUUGUGUUGUGUUGAUAUUGAUGGUUGCUCAGGUUGUUUCUGUUACGCCGGCACAAUACUUCAAGACUAAGCGGGGUAUUGCGAAUGGAAUCGUCUAUGCAGGGGGUGGUCUUGGUGGAACAGUGAUAAGUUUCAUUCUGAAUUCGCUAUUAGAGAGCGUGGGAAUUGCAUGGACUUUCCGAAUCAUGGGAUUCCUGAUUAUCGCAACAGGGCUACCAGCCGCAUUCCUAAUCAAGGAACGAGUACCAGUUCGACCAACAAAGAUGCUAGAAUGGAGCCUCUUCCGUGAUGUCCGCUUCACACUCCUCUGGCUAACAGGUGCAAUUGGAACAUUCCCUCUUUUCGUUCCGGCCUUCUUCCUCCCCCUCUACACAAACUCACUUGGACUCUCCUCCAGCGCCGGAGCAGGUCUAGUAGCAGCCUGGAACUUCUCCUCCGCAAUCGGGCGUCUAUCAUGCGGAUUCGCGUGUGAUAAGCUCGGCUCGCUAAACACUCUCUUCCUCUCGCUGCUACUUAGUGCGUUGAGUCUGUUUGUACUGUGGCCUAUUUCUAACUCCAUUGGACCUUUGGUUGCAUUUGUGAUUAUUAAUGGAUCUGCUAAUGGCGGAUUCUUCUCUACCAUGCCUACUGUUGUGGGGAAUGUCUUUGGUUCUGCGCGGGUAUCUGUUGCUGUUGGGAUGAUUGUUAGUGGGUGGCUUGGAGGGUAUCUAAUGGGUGCUCCUAUUGCCGGUUAUAUUCUCAAUGCCUCCGGAGGAGAGUCGAGUGGUGCGGGUGCUUAUCGACCUGCUAUUUUCUAUGCUGGAUCUAUGGCGACGGUGGCGACUGUUUUGGCCGGUUUGGUGCGUAUCAAGGUUGAUCGGAGACUCAAGAAGACGGUUUAG